AUGUCCAAGGGCAUGGCCCGGGCCUUUUCCGCUAUGAUCAUCGGCAAAGAGCUGCCCGGCAUCUGGCACACUGCCGUCAUCGCCUACGAUCGCGAGUACUUCUUCGGCGGCAUGGGAGUGGUCAGCUGUCCGGUGGGCGCCACAAACCUCGGCGAACCGGAUCAGAUUCUUCCCCUGGGGCGGACGCAAGUGCCCUACAGUCUCUUCCUCGAGUACAUCUCUUCGCUGACACUUCCUCCGGAACAGCCAGAAAAACCACCAACUUCAUCAUCUCCUGAACCAAAGAAGGAGACCAGCGUCAGCAGUGAAAGCAGCAGCAGCAGUGAGAACCCGGAACAGCCACACAAACGCCAAAUCACCCCCGACUCAGCGAGCAUGGCCGAGGCCGAGCAACAGACACCGGCCCCAGCCGCCGAAGGAGCCGGCGAAGAGGAGGAGGAGAAGGAGUACGUGCCAACGCUGCCGGCUCGUCGUUCCUACAAGUACGACGAUCCGCCCAUCAUUUUUCGCGAUGUUGAUGGCACGGCCGCCCUGCAGAAGGUGGAGGAGAUGGUGGUGACGCUGCUCAAUCCCCAGCAGCAGGAGUACCUGAAGGAGCUGGGCACCUAUCUGCAGUCGGAGGCGGGCGCCUGGGCCAUCGGCGAGGAGCACAUUGAGCUCAUUGUUUACCUUCUCAGCGGAGGCGACGGCAAGUUCGCCCCCAACGUCACCCUCCUCACGCUGGAGGUGCUGCAGGCGGCGGCGCUGAAGGAGGACGUCGUCCUCAUCCUCCACCAGGACCGGAAGGACCACCGCCUGAUGAGCUACAUCAACCGGAUCGAGUCGCUGACGCUGGCCGAACAGGAGGAGAUCGUCAAGCUGCUGUGCAACCUCUGCGCCGGCCCCUCCACCUUCGACUGGCUGCUCUACAUCAGCGAGUGGGCCGAGGCGGACGGACAGGGCUCGAGCAACUCGAGGGUGACGGUCCGGGCGGCCGUGCACACCCUCCUCAAUGAGCAGCUGACGACGCUGCAGCGCAACGGCAUCUACCUCAUCUACAACCUCUCGCUGAAGGAGGUCUUUGAGGACGUGGCCAUUGAGCUCUCCACCGCCGUCCUCCAGUACCUUCACAGUGACGUGCCCGAGGAUCAGGCCCUCCUCUGCCUGACGGUCAUCUCCCGCUUCAUCGCCAUCAGCGCCACGGACGUACCGGCGCUGAUCAAGAUGCUUGGCCCCGACCUGGGCAAGUACAAGGGCAAGAAUGGCAACAUUGACAAGCUGAUUGAGGAGAUCGAGACGAAGGUGGCCAAGCUGCCGAACUUUGGCUGA